AUGUCCCGGGCGUCAAUUCCACCGGCGAGCUUCAUUUCACCGCCCACGAGACACGACUUCGGAGACAUUUCGGUCUUCUUGCAGCUUACACAACAUGGGGGAGCUUUACACUCGUCUUCCGGAGUAUCUCGAAGCCGCCCUCGAUCGGUGGGCGUCGCCUUUCACAAAGCACGAGUAGUGCUACUUUCCGUGUUAGCAGCUAUUGCCAUCACCCUCGGUUGCUUCCGUGCCUUCUAUGGGUGGGCAGGAAACAGAGCUGCGCUUCGACAACUGGCAGCUAGUUUCCCUGGGACAAAUGAAGACCCAGAACUAUCCGCCAUACUCGACAUGUGCUUGGACAUGGAAGAGGAAAGGGGCAGCUCAAAUCAGGUAGGUAUGUUUUCGCCCCAACAAGGUCAUGUCCCUUCCCCUGGCAUUCCACCGGCAAGUCGACUCCAUCAGCGUCCCCUCCAGGAGUGGGAUGUCCCAGAGCAAGCACAAUGGUUGACCAACACAGUGAAAGUGGCAGAUGACGGCCCUGCUGUGGAGGGGCUCCAGUAUUCAUUGACAAUUUCCAUGAGCGAGGCCCCUGAAGGUAGCUUUUCUACCGCAGGGACACACACUCAGUCACAUGUUCCUUCAUGGGCAGGCAGUUCGGCUUCAUCAUUUGAUGUUGCGUUGAAAUCGUCGGUUGAUCUUGCCAAAGAUGCACACGCCGGCGAAGACACAGCCCUUGACACCUCGAGUCGCGUAAUUUUUGAAGCGCACUCAGAGGCUGAGCAGCACCCUUCAUUUGGGGUAACUCAACCUAUUUCGGAUUAUGCGCAUCAAGCAUUAGCCAAUACAGGUUCAUCACGGAAGAGACGCUUUGAUGAAGCUGAUCUGAGCGAUCUGCAGAGCCCAGUGGCUCAUCAGGAGGGAGUAGAGGAAAGAAAAGAAAGAGGGAAUGCGCCAGCACCGCACGGCGAAGUCCUUGAAGUUACAAAGGAAUCUUCAGGAUUUGGUGGUCCACUGCGUGAUAUUGCCCCUGGAGAGUUGCUAAAAUCCGUAGUAUUUGGUAGCUAUGAUGUACAAGGCGAUAAACGCGCGGGUCGGUCGGCGUUGCGGGGAACUGACUGUGGGGAAAAUAAUACAGGAGUUUCGUCUGACCGCCGGCCUUCUGAAGGGACGGACUCAGAAUCGGAGGACUCGGAGGCGGUUUUCGCUAGGCAUCCUUUUUAUAAACUUCCGAAACUGGCACCAUUUCUUGAAACGAAUCUCUUCUGUGAAGACUCAGCAUUUUCCCGGGGCUGUUUGAGUGGGCAUACGUCGUUGCUGUUAAUGAGCAUCCGCUCAGUCUUUAAAGCGGAAUGGGUCACCGAGGCGAAAGCAAGGAAGCUUGCUUGGGACGUUGAACGCUUAGUUUGCAACUUAUAUUAUCUCCAACGUGAGCCUGUGUCGCAUUACAUCGUCUCUAGAGCUGUUAUAUUUUUGGGGCAGCGGUUCCUUUUGUUAGAUGCGCUUGUCAGCGCCUUGAGCGUUUUGAGUCCGGUGGUGAAUGCAUCUGCGUGGUGGUCCAAGUUGGUUACUGUGAUUCCAUCAGAAGUACCGUUUAACAGUGGUCACACGAGUUUUGAAAGGACAAGACAAUAUGAAGAUCUAGCUAACCGGCUAAUCAGAGCAAUAGAUUGCUUGAAGAACGGCACUCGACUUGGAGCAAAGGAGACCGUCGAGCUGAAGCGAGAUCUUCUUUGCAGAGAGCUCUCUCCUCCUUGGUUUAGGAAGGGCCGGUGGAAAUAUUGGCGAAUGGAUGACGAAAUAGAGUUGAACUCUUCCAAAAAGUUGUCCUGCGGCAGGCCAGCACCUACACGAGUAAGCGACAGCAGUUGGUCGCAGUAA